CAAUUUCUGGAAUAUGAGGAGGUAGUUCUUAUUCAUGAAAAGUUGGUAAAUUUCUGAAAAAAAGAGUGAGGGAGAAAAGGUUGCCGCCCCAUUUUUUGGAAAAAAAGAAAUUUGGUGGACGUGGGAGCACUGAACACCAUUCGUCUUCAUGGUAGCCUCUCAUUCCUCCUCCCGCACGAAGCGAGACGUCUCUCUCCCUCUUUCUCUCUCGCGGAGUUGAGGUGAGCAGAGAUGAAGUGAGAGGAUGGUGUCGAUGGUCAUGGCUCAUCUCCUAUCUUGUCACCUGUAUUUCUGCUCUGGCCUGCCCUCCCCACGAGCGACCAAUAGGGGGAAAUGGGCACAGUCGACUCCCCAUCAUGGCCUUCCGAGGAACACUCCAUACCCAUCUCCACUUCUGAGCUCGCCCUCCCUCUCCUCAGUGGUCUCCUCCUUCCUUAUCACUAAGUUGGGGACUGCAGUCCAGGAGGAGGUUGACGACAAAGAACAUAACGAUUUCUACGUCAAUCUGGGCUCUGCUGUUAGAACUCUCAGGGAAGACUUGCCUCUCAUGUUCACUAAAGAUCUCAAUUACGAAAUAUACAGGGAAGAUAUAACGUUUAUUGACCCGUUGAAUAGAUUUAAUGGAAUCGAGAAUUACAAACUCAUUUUCUCAGCACUGCGUUUCCACGGACGGCUACUUUUUAAGGAGAUUUGGCUAGAGAUAUGUAAGAUUUGGCAGCUUUCGGAGAAUGUAAUACUUAUCCGCUGGACUCUCCAUGGCAUUCCCCGAGUGCCUUGGGAGUCAAAAGGGCAGUUCCAGGGGACUUCAAAGUACAAACUGGAUCGGAAGGGGAAAAUUUAUGAACACACAGUUGAUAAUUUGGCUCUCAAUUUCCCGAAAACGUUGUCCCCUGUUUCAGCUCUUGAUAUGGUCGCUGCUAGCUGCUCAGCAAGUCCAAAGCCAACAUUUUUUAGUGGCUGUGUGAAUUUUCCAAACUAUCCCUUUGAAACGUCAUCAUGGUUGAAUUUCUAUUUGGCAGUCAAACAAACUUUGGAUCAAGAAGGCCAUCAGCUUACUUUUGCUUGUUGCAGAUGAUGAAUUUUGAUCUUGCUGUUUUUGUCAUGUGGCCUUUAACUUAAUCUUGCUGAUAUUGUCAUGUGCCUUAAAGGUGCUCUAAGAGAAGUGUUACCUGCAAUAUUGAUGUGGUCAAAGAUUAAUACAAAUGUUCUAAGAUAUGAAUUCGUCCAUUAUGUCAUAAAUUUUGUGGAUAUGCAACAAGGGGAUGUGUACAUAGGUGAUUGUAAUCUAACAUUCUUAUAGCAACUUUUAAAUAAAGCAUCAUGCUGUUUUUCUUGAACUUGA